UCAUUCAUCAUUCGUAAGCGGAAGAAAAAGUGUGCAAUGAUGUUUGAGAACGUCACGAAAGAUGCAGGUGGGAUCUAUGCUAGAUUGUUGGACCACAGACCCAUAGUACAGGGAGAACUCAAGUAUUUUGUCAAGGAAUUUGAGGGUAAAAGAAAUGAUAGAGAAUAUGAUCGAAUAAGAAAGCUAUUCAAUGAAGUCACGGAAGCAAAUGAAAAAUUCAUUCCUGAUAGUAUUGCACUGAUGGACAAGCAUCUUCCAGACAUUAAAGACAAACUGAGUAUUGCCAACAGAAUGUGCUCCAGGAUGUGUGUCAGAGAAGAACAGAGAAUGGCGAAGGACCCGUUAAAAACCAAAAGAGACACAAGGCAGGAAGAGUGGUCUGAGUUCAUCAAAAAACAAGGCGAAAAAAGCGCUGCUGUUGAUAAGGAACAUGAGAAAAGAAUGAAAGAAAUAGAAGAAGAAUAUAAAGAAAUGGGACAAGCCUUGAUAAAAGCAUCUCAGCCUUCCCAGCACUGAGUUUGCAUCCUCCUCGAACUAAAAACAAAAUUCUUGUGAUAUUCACGAACAUAUGGUGAAUAUUUGUAAGCAUAGUUCCAAUGUAGAAUUUCUUUCAAACUGCACAUCAUGGACAAAUAAUGGUCACAUAUGCAUGUACAUUUACUGUACACGCAACUGCAUACAAAAAGUGACUAUGCACUGUAAAGGAAGCAAUAGAUAUUUUAAAAUCGAAAAGAUCAGAGUUCAAUUUGAACUAGCGCACCAUAUUUAAACCUAGUUCAAGAUAUCCAAAACAGUGAUUUAACGAUUUCACUAUCAAUACAUUGCCUGCUGAAAGUUUGAAAGUUUUUCGAGAUUCUAAGCAAUAUGGCUGACCAGCAACCAUUUUGUUUUCAUCUUUUUUUGCACAUUUCUGCUUAUAUCUCAAAUUCACACUGUCCAAACUUGGUGUUCUAGCACAUCAAAGAAAGUUUUUUAUGUCAAAAUCCAAAUCAAGAUGCAUUGCCUGCUGAAAGUCUCCAUAGAUAGCGUGAAAUGAAAAAAACACAGCAUCAACAGAUAAUAACAGAUCAGGAAAAGGGACGAAUUGUGUUUGCCAUGCAAGUCGAUGGAGCAACCAUCAUGUGCACUUUGAGAUAACGAGCAUUGUACACCAGAUCAAGAAAUUCAUGUCUUAAACAAUUGCUGUUUCAAGACAAGCCUAUAAAAAGACUGAGCCAAGACUAAUCAUCAAAUGAAAAUACAGUGAUGCCACUCUGAACCAGUGAACUGAGAAUAUUGUUUAUGGAUUUAAUGUAGCCGAGAUAUUCUUUAUAAUUAAAAUUUACUGCUUUGUGAAAGA